AUGCCCGUGGUGCCCUCGGCCUCUGAAGUGAGCGUGUGGCAUGAAAAACAGCUGAAAGAUGAAGACUAUGUAUUCAGUGGGGAAACUGUGCAGCAUCUUGAAGAUACUAUUGCUGCUAUUAAGAAAUUGGAAGAAAUUAGAAGACGUACCCUCGAACGCCUAGAAGAAUUGACCAUAGAAAACAGCAGUCUUCGGGUCAGAGUGCAGAAUUUUCCGGGAGUGAUUAUGGCAGAGAUGACAGCUCUUGUUACUGCUGCACGUGAAUCUAGUGCUGCUCAGAUAGACCAGUUGCAGUCUGCCCUGAAAAACCUUGCUCGUGAAAUUGAGCUCCUGGAUGAGAAGCAAGCCCUUUGUGAAAAACAGAAUGCUGCACUGUGUGAGAAGCAAGAACGCUUGCGGGUGCCGUAUGAAGGAAGUGUAGACUUGCUGAAUGAAAAGAUGGAAAGGAAAGUUAACACAAAUGUACUUUUAAAUGAUACUUGUGCUAAGACAAGAGAUACAGAAAGAGAAGUAAUCAGGGCAAAGGCAGCAUUAAAAGAAUUGAAAGAAAAAAUAGCAGAAAAAAUGCAUAAAUUUGGGAAAGAAAAAGAAGACUGUGAUAGAAAGGAGAGAGAAAUGAAAAAAAUCCUUGAUACUCAGAAGGCAAAAACUUCAGAGAAAAAGGAUGAAUUUGAAACCUUGAAUAUAAAAUUACUGGACAUAGAGCAUUUAAUAACUCUGAACUCAACAGCCAUAUUUAACGAAGAGGCUCUCGUAGCAAAACAGAAAGAAGCAAGUAAGCAGUUGGAAGAAACCCUGGAAUUAAAAAAAACGAACAUGCUGGCACUCUUAAAAAAGAAAGAUCAGCUUGAUUCUGAGUUACUGGUUUUAAAAUCAAAAAUUGCCCAGGAAAAAGAGGAUUUGAAUAAGGAACUUGAAAAGAUUACAGAAGAUCUAUGUAACGUUGAACGCCUAAAUAAAAAACUUAAAUUAGAAAAUAAAAGUAUACGCCAAAAGUACCAGCAGUUAGCGGAAGAAGAACAACACUGGGCUGUAAAAAGGGAUAAGACUGUGGCAAAAUUGGGGAAAUUAUCUAUUUUGCUAGAUGAAAAUCUUGAACUUUUGGCAAAUCGUAUGAUGGAAGAGAAAAACCUGGAGGAGGAAAUUGAAAAUCUUGAAGAUAACCUACUGUAUAUGGAGGAGAGCUAUGAAAAAGAGCUGAAAUCUCUAGAGGAAGAUUUAAAGUCAGAAAGUCAGAUGAGAGCAAUGCUUCAGUGGAAGAUACUGCACUUAACAAAACAGAGACACCUCUUCCUCUCAGUGGAAGAGAAUAUAAACAAAGAAAUGAAUGAAAGAAUAGAGGCUGGUAAAAAGCGACGUGCUGAACUACUUCUGGAGAUUGAAGACUUAGAGAAAGAACUUUUGCAGUCUGAAAAUCAAGUCAAAGACCUGAGUGAAGAAGUAAAUAAGAGGGAAACUGACUACAGGAAUUAUAAGGAGGAUUUUACUAACAAAAUAAAAUGUCUGGAGAAUGACUUCAAAACUGCAACUGAGAAUCUGCAUCAAAAAGAGCAAGAAUUAAACAUAAGCAAACUAACCUUGGAAGAAACCCAGAGAGAAUUAGAAGAGAAGCAUACAAAAUACGAAGAACUCAGGAAAACAUUUUUAAAAAAGAAAAAUGAAGAGAUAAAAGCCAGAAGAGCCAUUGAGCAGUCAAUCAAGACUACUGGGAAGCUCAAGGAGGACACGCUGGAGCUGAGGAAUGAAUUGCGGAUCAAGCGUGACACUGCAUUUGGCCAGCUGAAAAAUCAUACAGAGAGUAUGAAGUGGCUGGAAAGAGACAUCUAUGAGAUCAACAGAAAACUCGACAUCGUGAACACUGAGAACUGCAGAUUAAAAUUAUGCAAUGCACAGAUAAAAGAAGAUAUUUUUGCAAUGAAUUCUGAAGCAGAAAACCACAAGUCAGCAACAACCAAAAUCCUGAAUGACCUAGCAGUGCUUCAUGAUCUUCUUCUGAAGGGAUGGUCAGAGGACAGCUCUAUGCAAAAGGAAUUUUUGGAGAAUGAGCGGGAAAUACUAAAAGCAGUGACAGCUCUAAUAACAAAAAUCCAACAACGAGAGAAGAAGAUCGGUGAUAUUAAUAGCAGGCUACAAAACAAAUUGGAAGGACUUGAUUCUCUAGUUGAAAAAAACCCCAGAGUGGAUCACCGUUCUGCUGAAGACUAAAAUAUUGGCGCCCAGAAGGAAAGGCAAACAUUUGGUUAUGCCAAGCAUGGUCCAUACAGUGCACUGGGUUCCUGUAAGCUCUGUUUAUAUUAGACUCUCUGCUUCUUGGACCUUUAAAAUUAAUAUGAUUCUACACCUCUCUACACCUAUCAGUAGCUGUACUCGUCUCUACAGCUAACUUUUACCUGAGAUUUGUUGUUACUUUUCUUUUUAAAAACAAUAUAUAGCCUAACUUUUAAACACAGUACACAUUGUCCAUGCCCAGAAUGCACUUACCCACUGCACAUGUACUGAUGUGGCAACCGUGUGCAGAUACAGGCACAAAACUGCUAAGGACAUUUUAAAGAAAAAUAUGCCUAUGAAACUGUCAGUUACUGGAAAUGGGUAUUUUAAUAUGUGAGUAUUAAAGACCCUAUUAUGAGUGAGUAUUAUAAGACUGUCUUUUUAGAACUGUCCUCUAGAUUUGUGUGUCUGCAAAUUACAUUUUUUUAUGUAGCAGUAUAGGCAGAAUUUGUUUGAUUUCCUUAAGGAGCUCAAUUACUUCCUUAAUCUCUAAAUAAAACCUUGUUCCUGCAUGCAGGAUUUGUUUUGUUUGUGCACUAUUUUUUAGACACACUGAACCUGUCUGUUAGCUGGCAUUCCAAAGAACCAAGGAAAGAGAGAUCACAUUUAACAAAAUUAAACCAUCUACUGGGAAAGCGCUUAGCUGUUGAACAGAGGACAGCGACAUCUCGAGGUAGACCAGCUGAGAGAACACUCAGACUAACCCCCCUGAGCUGCCUGCAGGUGCUAUCCCUUUGCACUGUUCCUUUACUUUUAAGUGGUUUGUCCAUAGUAAUGUAGAGAGAUAAUACAAUAUGAAAGGCGUUACUUACACAUUUAAAUAUGGAAAGAUAAGCUGGUAUUUGUACUGCUAUACCCAAUGAUCCAUAAAGUAAAAUAAGUUUAAGAGGAGGAAAUAAACCUUUUUUGUUACUAUUCCCUCCAUCUCUGACUGUUUGACAAAGCCAUUGGAAACACUGCUAUUAGUUACUGGAGCAAAAUAAGCUAAAUAUUGUGUUGGUUACCCUGAAGUAUCUGGAUUCAGUUGCUAUUCAAUACAUGAGAAGAACAAAUAGCCAUCUGUUUCAUGCUCCCGGUCUUUUUUAGGUUAGCGAUUCAUAUCAAGGUGUUCAUGGAAGUAUAUAGAUCUUCAGGAAUAUAGAGAAACAUUAGGAGGGUAUUAGAGUGAUGACGUCUCCUCAAGGAGACAAAGUCUCUCCUUUUUAUUUAUUUUUUUUAAAUCUGCCCUAUUUUUUCUUUGCCUAUAUUGGGGUUUAAAUUACCCUCAAGGCUGCUCACAUCGUCUAGACCUCCUACUACUACAUUGUCAUUCAGGGUGUUUAUAGCAUUCCAAUAGCGAUAUUGUGUAAAGAUCUGGGAUAGCAUUUAUGCCUAAGAUGCAGUUAUUCUUCUCCUUUCUCAGCUGCUAAAUCUCAUCCCUGUAUGACCACAGCUGCUGUUGCACUGUGGCUACUGCUCUGGCCACUCAGACUGAUCCGGUUGAAAAAAAAAAAAACAGAGCAGAAGUUGUGAACUCUUGGCACCGCUAACAAACUGACCAAACAGGCAUGACGCUUUCCUACAGCAGUAGCUAAGGUGACUGUGCUGAAAGAGGUAGACAUAUCCAUACAUAACUACCAGAUGCGACACAGGCUCACCUGCAGCAAGUGGUUUGCUGACAGACGUUUUAGGCUAUUGGGAAGAGAAAAACUGUAGUUUUCUUACACUGUAGGAGUGUAAGAAAAUGACUUUAGUGGGAAAGGAUGCUAUUACUCAGUCAGGAGGAAGUCUCCAUACCUGAACCAAGUACACAGAAUAUAAAAUAUACUUUAGACAACUUCACAAUGCAUUUCCUCUCCUUGCCAGCAAAGCGGGGUGAAGAAUAGGCGAGGAGAAGCUCGAGGGGUUUUUUUUUUUUGUUUGUUUGAUCAUCUGGCAAAG